UAUAUUUUUAAAAAUAUAGCGAAACCGGUUAAAUCCGGUUCAAACCGGAAUAAUCCGGUUUUAAACCGGAACCAGACCGGAAACCGGUUUCCUAAAUUUUCAUAACCGAAAACCGGACCGGAUAUCAUUCCGGUUCGCUCCGGUUUUCUGGUUUUUCGGUCCUAUACAUCGUGAUGGCUUGGAAUUUGGGGGACACCAUAAAGGAUCCACCAAAAAAUUGUGCACAUCUUUCCUUAAAAGGUGUAUAUCUAUCGAUGAAACUGUGAUUCAGUUUCGAGUCUUUCGACACAUGUGUUUCUGUAAUUCCAACGACAUGCAUCAACGUGAAUGAAUCUGGUGACUGAAACGAAGAAGAAGCAAUAUAAUGUCGUACAAGGUGGAUCAUGAAUAUGAUUACUUAUUCAAGAUUGUAUUGAUUGGUGAUUCCGGUGUCGGGAAAUCCAAUAUAUUAUCCAGAUUUACCCGAAACGAAUUCUGUCUCGAAUCGAAAUCCACCAUUGGCGUUGAGUUUGCUACAAGAACCCUCCAGGUGGAGGGAAAGACAGUGAAAGCGCAAAUAUGGGACACAGCGGGUCAAGAGAGAUAUAGAGCCAUAACAAGUGCUUACUAUAGAGGAGCGGUAGGGGCAUUGUUGGUUUACGAUAUAACAAAGAAGCAAACCUUUGACAAUGUCGAACGGUGGCUCCGUGAGCUCCGAGACCACGCCGACUCCAACAUUGUCAUCAUGUUGGCCGGGAACAAGACCGACCUGAAUCACCUCAGGGCUGUGCCAGAACAGGAGGCGAGGCUCUUGGCAGAGAAAGAAGGGUUGUCGUUCCUCGAGACCUCGGCAUUGGAAGCACUGAAUGUGGAGAAAGCAUUUCAGACAAUUCUGUUGGAUAUUUAUCAGAUCAUUAGUAGGAAAGCAUUGGCUGCUCAAGAGGCUAGUUCAGUUCCUGGUCAAGGCACUGCCAUUAAUGUAGGGGACUACAAUGCCAAUACCAACAACAAAAGACCAUGUUGUUCUGGUUAAAUGAUACAUAUAUAAUAUGCUAGUUUCGUCCCGAGAUGGGGCAAUAUAUAUGGUUAGACCAGUUCAGCCUAUGUUACGUGUAAGGAUAGACUGGCAUGGUCAUACGAGCAAUUAGACCUCACACACCGGAAACAGUCACCAUACAGAUAGCAUAGACCAGAUCGUCAUACUGCACUAGCCAAGUAGCCAACACAUUCCAUAAUGUCAAGAACUUGUAGAAUAUCUCAUGAAUUCUACUUCAUAUAUGUUAGAUUUUUAGGUAAGGCAUUCUUGACAAUAUUUGCACUCUUUCCAAUAGAAUUUAAUUGUAAAUAUUUCUUUAUUUGUUUGUGCAUUAUAAUUUGGGACUUCAUCCUCAUAUGUUAACUUUAU